AUGCGGCGCUUCUUGGAAUGGGACCGAAAGGCUCAUUUCAGAAAGCUUUUCGCCCGCACCUCCCGGGUCACUCCAGCCGCCGAGGACACAGAGUUCAACGAGGAAGUGAUGAGCACCUCCCGGGUCGCUCCAGCCCCCGAGGACACAGAGUUCAAGGAGGAAGUGAUGAGCAAUGAGUGGAGUUUUGAUCUCGUGCUCAGUGAGCUCUACGGAUCCCAGUCCCACGGCGAUCUGGUGUCCUGGACCAGGAACCUAACCUCGCCCCAGGUGAGUAAUCUCUCCCUUCAAGUCCUGAAUUGUUUGAGGAGCCCCAACCUGACCAGGGUGGGGCAGGCAAUGCGGAUACUCUCCAUACUGCUUCAGGUGAACACAGCCUUCGAAAAUCAGGCGGCCGACCUGGCAAGGAGCGUGUUGGAGCACCACAUCUCCUCCGACCCCCAGGCUGGGAAGACCCUCUUCAAGGAAGCCCUGGCCCUGCUGGCCUGUCACCACACUCGGGAGACAGUGCAGGUGUUCCUCGAGUACUCAAUACCUCUGAACAGGCAGGUCCUUGAGGCUUGGAAAUCUGUCGGGGCGGAUGCUUCCAUCGCCUCCUGAAUGAUGCGGGAACUGCUCCGUAGAGUGUUGGUACGACCUCUACCUGAGGAGAGCAACGGGACCGGGUGGGAGAGGCAUACCCGAGGCUCCAUCGCGGAUGUGAACAUGCUAUAUGAGCUUCUCUUUGCUGUGGAGUACUCGGAGGCUGUGGCUCAACUCCUCCCCCAGCUCUUCCUGGCCUUCAUCAUCCAGAUCCAGUAUGUGCUGGAGCUGGGCCUGGUGGGGGAACGAGUGCUCUUGGCCGUGGAGCCCACCGUCCCCUCUGCCCUAAGUCCCUGGAGGACGGCCCUGGAGGCCCUGAGGAGGCUUCUGUCCACCAGAGGAUGUUGGCAGAGCUUCAUAGCCAUGGAGUUGCAGGAUGGCUGGCACCUCUUCUCAUCCCUCAACACCUUCCAGGAGGCCGUGGCCCUUCUGACAAGGUGUCCCUGUGGGGCUGUUUCCCACCGGACCCUGGUCCAGAGCAAAUGCCCGAUGGUGGCCGAACUCAUGGAAAUGGUGGGCACCUCUUUGCAGGAGAAAGACCCGCAGGGCCGGAAUGUGGCCAUGGGGCUUCUGGCCGAGUUGAUCUGGACCCCCGGCAUGAAGACUGUCCUGGAUCCCAAGGUCGUGCGGUUCAUCUUCCGGGACGGCCUAAAGGACACCGACCCCGUGGUGCGAGUCAUCAGCCUGCAGGCCCUCACCAGCCUGCCCCUCAACCACGACAAGAGCCCAGUGCUCCUUGCUCAGCUCCCCUUCCUCCUGGAGGACAGACCUCAAGUGCGGGUGGCAGCCCUGGAGCUUCUGGCAGCCGUGGCCAGCAGCUGUGUGAUGGUUCCAAAAUCCCGUCUCCAUCAGAAGCUGAUCUGCUGCCUUCUCCCCGUACUCUUCCACCUGAAGGACGAGCACCCUUCAGUGGCCAAAAAAGCCAGAUAUACAUUCUUCUGGCUGGCCCAGAAUAUUGGCUGGAGGCACUCCAGAGUCGUCGGAUGGAAGUUGAGGUGGGAAGAGAGGGAGAUCAGGGCCUAUGGUACCAUCUGGACGGCAUUGAUGAAGAACUUUGGGGACUUCCAUCCCAUUUUCUUGUCCCAAACUCUGGCCUAUACCAACUGCAUCCAACCAGAUGUGAAAUUUGCGGCCGUUGUCUUCCUCGUACACACCAUCACUCUGUAUCCCGCAAGCGCGCUCCUCUCCGACAAGACGUUCACAAUCAUUUUCCAGAAAAUUGAAGCCCUGAAAAACGACUCCUCGUCCAAGACCCGCAGAUUCCUGAACACCUACGAACAGAGACAGAAAGAACGAUGA